UGGAAGCAGGGUAAUGGAAGGUGUUGGUAAUUAUGUUGUUAUUGGUGUUGGAGCAAAUUCGUGCAGAGGAAGAUGGUUGUCUUUAAAUACUGAUAGUGAAGAUACAUCACUUCAAGCUUUAAAUACUGAUAGUAAACUUCAAGCCAAGUUGAAUAACCUCACUGAACAAAUCGCAAAAUUAGGAUGUGCUGCUGCUUUGUUAAUGCUUAUUGUUCUUUUGAUUAAAUAUUUUAUUUCUUUCCGUACCAAUGGUGCACCAUCAGCACCAGAAGCAAUAGAUAAUUUGGUAAGAAUAAUUAUUUCAGCGGUCACUGUUGUGGUCGUUGCUGUACCUGGAGGCUUACCUUUGGCUGUAACACUUGCUCUUGCUUAUGCAACAACACGUAUGUUAAGGGAUAAUAAUCUUGGCGAGCCAAAAAAUGGAAAAAUCAAUUUUAUAGGUUCAAAAACAGAAACUGCUUUAUUACAACUUCUCUUGGAUUUAGGUGUAAAUUAUAAAAUUUUAAAAGAUGAUGCUAAAAUUGUACAAUUUUAUCCGUUCAGUUCGGAACGAAAAGCCAUGGGUCUUGUAGUUAAAGAAGAUUCUUAUUUUAGAUUUUAUGUUAAAGGUGCUAGUGAAAUGCUACUUCAAAAAACUCGUUCUAUAAUCGAUACUAAUUCAGGUGAUGAAACUGAAUUGACUGAUCAGGAAAGAGAUAAUACUCAACAAGUUAUAAGAUAUUAUGCUAGUCGAAGUUUAAGAACUCUUGCAAUAGCAUAUCGUGAUUUAGAACAGUGGCCUCCUGAUGGGAUAACUUUAGAUCCUGAGGGUGAGAUAAAAUUUGAAGAUUUAAUGUUGAAUAUUACGUUAUUGUGUAUUGUUGGUAUCGAAGAUCCUUUGAGAGAAGGCGUUCGACAAGCUGUUGCAGAUUGUAAAGAUGCUGGAGUUAAAGUUCGUAUGGUUACCGGUGAUAAUGUUUUGACUGCAAAAUCUAUUGCAGAACAAUGUGGUAUUUAUACUACAGGAGGUUUAGUAAUGGAAGGUCCUGAAUUUCGUAACUUACCACCUGAAAAAAUGAAAGAAAUUCUUUCCCGACUUCAAGUUCUCGCAAGAUCUAGUCCUGAAGAUAAAAAAAUAUUGGUUGGAAAAUUAAAAGAGGAACUCAAUGAUACCGUCGCUGUAACUGGUGAUGGUACUAAUGAUGGGCCUGCAUUAAGGACUGCUGAUGUCGGGUUUUCUAUGGGUAUUUCCGGUACAGAGGCCGCUAAAGAGGCAUCAUCUAUCAUCUUAAUGGAUGAUAAUUUUUCGAGUAUAGUAAAAGCGAUAAUGUGGGGUCGUUGUGUAAACGAUGCAAUUAAAAAGUUUUUGCAAUUCCAACUCACAGUUAAUGUUACCGCUGUCCUACUUACAUUCAUAUCUGCAGUAUCUAGUGAUCAACAAAAAUCAGUUCUCUCAGUAGUACAAUUAUUGUGGGUGAAUCUUAUCAUGGAUACAUUCGCUGCUCUCGCCCUUGCUACAGAUCCACCAACUAAAGAGUUAUUGAAGCGUAAACCUGGGAAUCGAGAUGCACCUCUAAUAACUCCUCAAAUGUGGAAGAUGAUUAUUGGUCAAAGUAUCUUUCAACUUGCAAUCACAUUAAUUUUAUUAUACGCUGCUGAUAAUAUAGUAGGUCAUAGAUUGGACUCAGAGACGCUAGCUACAAUUGUUUUUAAUACAUUUGUAAUGUUACAGAUUUUUAAUGAAAUCAAAACACCUACAUUCUGCGAUGAUGAAUCAGUAGUAUCCAACUGGCAAAGACAACUAAAGGUUUUCAAAGCACUUCGAGGUGGUGGACGUUUUAGAACAAAUUUUGGAACAGUUAAUAAAAACCAACAAGCACCGAGUUUAAUAGUAACUGCAGUUGGUGUGCUAUCAUCGUCGGUACGAAAUAGAAGUCAAGACGAGGUAUUACAGAGAUCAAUAACAGGUCUAAUACCAGCACCACGACAGAAAACUGAUUAA